AUGAGUCUUUAUAAUGACGAUGAACUGUCACCUCCUUCCUGGAUUAAUCAAGAUUUUCUAGAAAAAGUUUUAGUUCAAUAUGAAAACAAUGAAUUUGUGGAGGUCAUUAAAUAUGACAUGAGUCCCGCAAGUAUGAAGGGUGAUCAUUAUGCUAGCAUUAUGUUCAGAUGCAAAGUGUCCUAUAGAUUUGAUAAGUCCGGCAGUACUUUGGAAAAAUCCUUAAUUAUUAAAACAUUGCCCUUGGAAGAGGGACACAAACGUGAUCUGAUAAUGGACUCAAAGGCAUUUGAGACUGAAAUUGCCAUGUAUACAAAAACUUUGCCAAAAAUUGAGAAAAUUUUAGCUGAUUGUGGAGAACCAACGAAAUUAUCAGCAGAAAUUAUAUAUCAUUCUUUGGAACCCUAUAAGGUUAUUAUCCUAGAAGAUCUUUGUGAAUCGGGUUACAGUAUAGUACGCGGUCGUUAUCUUACCGAGGAUGAAGUUAAGGCGGUUUAUCGUAAGAUUGCCAAAUUACAUGCCGUCAGCUAUAUGUUGGGUAAAAGUGAAGAUCACAAAAUUGUCACACAACAUCGAAAUGGUGCUUUUACUAUGGGCAGUCAAAUGAUCAAUGACCUCUUAAUAGGUGGUAUUAAUAAUUUCAUUGAUUUACUCUCAUGUCAUGAAGAAUUUGAACCCUACUUCGAAAAGGUUAAAUUAAUGAAACCCAAAAUAAAAGAAGCCUGUAAAGAACUAUAUGAUGCUUAUAAACUAAAUAAUGGACGCGGUGACAUAUUCGUUUUAAAUCAUGGCGAUUUUCAUAUGAAAAAUCUAAUGUUUAAAUUCAAUAAGAAAACCCACUUGGAAGAUUUAAUAAUGGUGGAUUUUCAAUUUAGCUGCUUUGCCCCGGCCAAUAUUGAUAUGUUAUAUUCACAAUUCAUGAUUUUGGACUCGGAUUUGCGUCUGAAACGCAAUGAGUUAAUGUACUAUUAUUUUAUGGGAUUUACGAAAACUUUGGAAAAAAUUAACUAUCAAGGUGAAAUGCCCUUGUUUUCGGAAUUCCAAAUGUCCAGCAUUAAAUAUAGGCAUUUUACUCUCUUCAUAAUGUCCACUAUAUUACCCAUGGUUGUUGGAUUUUUGGCUAAACCCAUGGAGGAUUUGAAAGACACUGAUGCUGCUAAAUUGUUCACAAACCCCGAUUUAAUAACCAUGAUGUAUCGUGAACCGAAAUUCAUUGAAGAUAUUCGCAAUUUGUUGCCAAUUUUGUUAAGAGAGGGAUAUUUAGAUUAAAUUGUGUUUAAGUAAUUUAUAAAUUUAAUUUGUUAUUAUUUCUUUUAAGUUUUUUUUUAUUAAUUAAAAUAUUUAAAAAAUAAUAAUUCUCCAAGU